UCCUCCAUCUUGGCAUUCCUUGCCACGCGUCUACUCAACUUGGGGUGCAUCAUCGGCCUAUUGGAGCUGUUUCAUCAAGGAGUGGGCCACCAGCUCGAGAACAACAGCGAAGACGUAUGGACAUAUGGUCAAAUAACUGCAGUCAUAUCAGUAGCUAUCCCCAAUAUCUUUGACAUUGGAACCGAUCUCAGGGAUAAAUGGUUCACCAGGGACGAGGAAAGGGACACGCGACAACAGUCGGAAUUGAUUGACCCAGGUGCACAUUUUGACGUUCAAGAAGCCGGUUCGGAUAUAGCCGUGAUGACGAUACAGAAAGUACCCUAUGCCACAAAUUCAUUCGAUGCCACAGGACUCUCCCUGAACUCUCGUCCCCUGCACUCUGCCACCAUGUCUGAUAAACCAGAGAUACCCAAACCUGUUGCAGAAUUAGCAAAGGAUGCAUCUCAGCAAGGUGCGACCCAGAACAAGGAUGCUCCUGGCAGCCGUCUGAAGGCAUGGAAGAAGCCGCAUAACCUUCAUGCUUACUAUGGUCCUCCUCCUCAUACGUACAUGAAGCUUCCGGAUAAGAAUCCCAAUGAGCAAACGGCCGAUACCGACCAGUCGAAAGUGCUCCCCGUCACGCCGAUGGAAAAUGGUUAUUCUGUACCCAACUACCGACCGCCAGGAUGGGUUCCUCCGAGUGAGAUUCAAGGUCCGACUCGUAUUUUGGAUUCGGAUCAAGGAGCGACGACCCAUCCAGGGCCUACUUUGAGUGCCGUGCAGGAAGGAAAGGUUCCCGCGGUAUGCGAACCCCAUUUGCAGAUCCUUUGUGGGCCCUUGUUACGAUAUGAUACCGUAAAGGAUGGAAUGUGGAGAGCAAACGACGACGAGUCUGUAUAUCAUCCAUUCCCGACACUUACACUCGAAUGGGAAAUGGAAGAUGAGAAACCAUUUACCCUCGACCCACCCUUUGAAGAUGGCAAAGAUACGCUGAUACGUUUCUGGGGUGACGAUCAAGUCCUUGCGACGUUCAGCUCUGGUUUCGCCGUUUAG